AUGGCCGACCAAGAUAACUCCACGCGCCGCCCUCAACGUGAAGCGAAGAAAAGAGCAGUAGCUGCACUGUGUGAACAGCGGAAAAGAAAACGCGUCGCUCUCGGUGAUAUAACCAACGACGUCGUUCCAGAUACCGAGAAACUUGUUUCCGAUUCCCACAGUCACAGUCAAAGGAAGAAGAAGAGAAACAUCGCUAAAUCUCCGGUACCGGAGAAAUUGGAAGAUCCUCAGUUAUGUGAACCUUAUGUUUCUGAUAUUCACGAUUACCUUCGUAAUUUGGAGGUUGAUCCUAGUAAAAGGCCUUUGCCUGAUUAUAUACAGAAAGUUCAGAGGGAUAUUAAUGCGAAUAUGAGGGGUGUUCUUGUGGAUUGGUUAGUUGAAGUUGCUGAAGAGUACAAACUUGUUUCCGAUACGCUUUAUUUCUCUGUUUCUUACAUCGAUAGGUUUCUAUCAUUGAAUGAUUUAAGUAGACAGAAGUUGCAAUUGCUUGGUGUUUCUUCAAUGUUGAUUGCUUCAAAAUAUGAAGAGAUUAAGCCACCGGAAGUUGAGGAUUUUUGUUACAUUACUGACAAUACAUACUCCAAGGAAGAGGUUUUGUGUAUGGAGGCUGAAAUUUUGAAGUCUUUGAAAUUUGAAUUGGGUGGUCCUACAAUAAAGACAUUUCUAAGGAGAUUCAUCACUAAAGUUGGUCAAGAGGGUGUUGGUGCAUCUGAGUUGCAGUUUGAGUUCCUUUGCUGUUAUCUCGCCGAACUCAGUUUGUUGGAUUAUAAUUGUGUAAAGUUUUUGCCUUCUAUGGUGGCUGCAUCAGUUGUAUUUCUAGCCCGUUUCAUGCUAAACCCAAAGACUCGACCUUGGAACUCAGCCAUCUAUCAAUUCACCAGUUAUAAACCGGCUGAUUUGAAGGAAUGUGUUUUAAACAUACAUGACUUGUACCUUGGUAGGAAAGGGGCCACUUUGCAAGCUGUGAGAGACAAAUACAAACAACAUAAGUUCAAAUGUGUGGCAACAACACCCUCUCCUCCAGAAAUAUCUCUUACUUUCUUCGAAUUUAGAGGAGUAGAUCCUUAG